GUCAUUGUGGUGACUGGCAGCGCAAGGGACGAGGACUCAUGUGAGACGGCGAGGAAUUCGGCAAGAAAAGCAAAGAAAGCGGACUCGGGCUUCAGCAUGGGAGUGAAGAGCAAGGCCGCCUUGGCGAUCGGCGUCCUGCUGCUGUUCCUCGGCAGCCUCUGGCUCCAUGGCGGUUUGGAUUCCCACUGGGAUGCUUGUGGAAAAGGUUACAAUCAAGUCAAUGAGCCACCGCGCCAGCGGGCCAACGGCAGCGGCUCCGGAGGCUCCGCCGGCCGCCGGCACCUGGAGGAGUGCCCCGGGCAGACCUUCCAGGUGUCGCUGCUGCUCAGCCACCUGCUGGCGUCACCGGCCGUCACCUCUGACGUGCUGCUCCGGCCUUAUCUGUCCAGCUGGGACGAGCUCGUCAAGUUUAUGGAGGCUCUGGGCCCCAUGGUCGGCCUGAUAUCUAAAGAAAUACAAAGCAAGACCUCAAUUAUCCGGGAAUUGGCCCUUCUAGCUGAGGCCAACCCCGAAGCAGAGGUCGAUCCAGAUGUCAAUCCCGAAAACACCGCGAGCCCGGAGGCCGGAGCGGAAACCCUGCACCCCUCGCGGCGUUCCGGCGCUUACCGCUCGGUGCGUUCCAUGAUCCGGGCGGAGCUGAGACGAGGCUCGGUGGACUUCGACCGCCAGACGGACUCCGGAUGCCGGACUCUUCUCCGAUUGCACCGAGCUCUGCUUUGGCUCGAGCUCUUUCUGGACAAGCUGGGCGAGAUCCCGGCGGCGGGCCUGCUCAGGAGCCCGUCGGAGCUGUGCCGGGAGGCCUACCGGACCACGCUGGCCAACCACCACACCUGGUUUGUGCGCAGGGCUGCCGAGCUGGCCUUCAUCGCCAUGCCCGAGAGGGGCUUCUUCUUCAGGCUGCUGUGCGUGCAGAACCAGGAGGAGCUGAGCACAGUUCUGGGGCGGGUGGUCCGGGCCAUCGGGGCGGUCUGUGACAGGACGCAGAAAGCGCUGGAGGAGAAUGGCAUGCUAGAUUUGCCAUAAAAUUUGUUUUUUUGAAAAAGACCUUCAGACAGAAGCCUUCAUUGUCACCACGUGGAACACAGCGGAUUCGUGGACGUCAAUGUGGUGAAAAUGGGAAUGCGCAUACAAUAUAACCACGGGAACUGCCCUAUUUUUUUAGACCAAACACAGGGCGCGUCAUUUAUUUGCGCUAUUACAUUCCCGAAAUAGAACGCCUCCAAAUGUGCCCUUAAGCUUUUUAAGGCAGCUAAUGAUGCAAUUGACCUUUACGGUUGCAAAGAGAAGCCAAUGCAGAAGUGCCUUAAAUAUUGCAUUCCUUCGAACGGCCACCAGGUGGCAAACUUCGCUGCCAGCCUUUGAGAAACCUUUUUUUUCCCUCAGCCAGGGCACCGGUUUUUACGUGAGAAAAAUCACCAAAGAAACAUUUUGCAAAAACUGAAUGAUGAUCUGAUCUCAAUUGACUCACAAAUGUCAUCGCUCAAUGUGGAAUCCGUGCCCAUUUAAUUGAACACAUACG